GAAUUGAGGGCUGCAUUUGAUAAGGAGAGCCCAAAGUUGUCACUGUCCGCUGCAGUCCAGGCGGGUCUACCCGGCGGUGCCAUUGAUAAAGGCUACGAUAUCCCAGCCCUGUCUAAGGCGCUGGACUACCUGUGCGUAAUGACGUACGACUUGGCCGGCGUGUGGGACCAGAAGACUGGCCAUCACUCGGACUUUAAACGGUCGACCGAAUGGAGCAAAUCAUAUGUAGAGAAAGGUUUCCCAAAAGAGAAAGUGUUGGUCGGAGUGGCCUUCUAUGGCAGGGGGUAUACACUGAAAGACGCGGCACAACACGCGACCGGCGCCCCCAUCGCAGCCGCAUGGGUAAAGGCCAAUGGCUACGGCGGUAUAAUCAUGUGGGAAGUUGGCCAGGAUGACGUUAAGGGCACAUGUUGCUCGGUGAAAUUCCCAAUGCUCCGGGCAAUUAAUAAUGCGGUGGCCGGGUAUGGGAUGCCUGACCAACCCUUUUCCCACAUGGUUAAUGAUCCCAAACUGAGGGCCCCCUUCAUCAAGCAUACUGUCGCCUAUUUAAAGAAAUAUGGUUUCGAUGGUCUGGACCUCGACUGGGAAUACCCGGUCUGUUGGGGCGGCGAUUGUACUAAAGGACCCGCAACUGAUAAACUUAACUUUGGUAAACUACUCUUGGAAUUGAGACAAGCAUUUAUUAAACAAAAACCGCGACUAUUAUUGUCGGCCGCUGUAUCGGUCGCUAUUGUUGGCAGAUAUGAUGUGGCCUACGAUAUUCCAGCGAUGGCUAAAGCGCUGGACUACAUGUGUGUCAUGACGUACGACAUGCACGGCGUGUGGGACAAAAAACUAGGCCACCAUGGUGCGUUUGGCCUGUUUUUGAAUUGGACUAUGCCGUACGUGGCAAAAGGCUUUCCCAAACAAAAGAUCAUGAUGGGUGUGCCGUUUUAUGGCCGCGGCUUCACCAUGACAGAUCCGGCCAAACACUAUGCGGGAAAUGCCAUUACGGGUGUGGGCAACACACCUGCCGGCGACAAUGGGGAGUCCAUGUACAGCGAACUAUGUGAUCUAGUUAAAACUAAGGGCUGGGCCAAGCUGAGAAAUUCCCAUUAUGGUAGCGACCCAUACGCUUAUCACGAUAAUAUAUGGGUUGGCUACGACGACCCGUUCCAGGCCUAUGACAAGGCCAAAUGGGCCAAAGACCAUGGCUUUGGCGGUAUAAUGGUGUGGGAGAUUGGCCAGGAUGAUCAGAAAAAGUGCUGCUCGUUACCGCUGUGCCUAAGUCUACGUGUGAUAUGUUUUUACCCCGAAUAUCGGUUCGUGGAUCUGCCGCCUAAAGACUUUGAGCCAACCCUUUGCACACACAUUCAUUUCGCGUAUCACUGGUUGGACGCGACUAGAAAUGUGAUCGUUGACGCUCACGGCAGUGCCCGACCCGCGCUCUACAACAGCUUAAAAACACUCAAAAAGCGAAACAGUAAACUCAAAUUAAUGGUGGUGCUAGGUGGGUCGGGCAUGCCUAAUGAGCCCAUGUCCGCCAUGAUUAGUGGUCCCAAACUGAGGGCCGCGUUCAUUAAAAAUACGAUCGCUUAUCUUAAGAAAUACGGUUUCGAUGGUUUAUCGAUGAACUGGUUGUAUCCGGUGUGUUGGAGUGGCAAUUGUACUGCAGGACCCACAUCUGAUAAUCCCAACUUUGGUAAAUUAAUGACGGAAUUAAGACAAGCGUUUAAUAAGCAAAAGCCACGGCUAUUACUGUCGGCCACAAUUGCCGGCUCAUAUACCGGCAGUCCAUCUGAUAAAGCAUACGAUUUGACCGCUAUAUCUAAAGCAGUGGAUUACUUGACCAUUAUAGCUUACGGGGCAACUCCAGCUAUGAGAGCAGCCAAGACUGCAUUCCAUUGGAGUAACAUGGUGUUGGCGUACAAUUGGGUUCAACCAUACAUUGACCGUGGUGUGCCCAAAGCAAAAAUAGUGGUAGGGCUGUCAUUUUAUGGCAUCGUACUUACUCUAAAAGACCCGACUCAACACAUUGUGGGCGCUCCCAUUACUGGUGUGGGUAAUACACCGGCCGGGGCGGGAAGUAUGGCUAAUUAUACUGAAAUAUGCGAUUUGGUUAAAAAUAAAGGCUGGAUUAAAGAGACAAAUAAAAAUGAAAGGCCAAAUUUCCAAUGCUCCGCGCGAUUAACAAUGUAUUUUUCAACACUGGAAAAGGGAUCUCAACUUACGUUAUCGGUGUCGGUAUGCAUGCGAGUGAUAUGUUUUUACCCCGAGUAUCGGUUCGUGGAUCUGCCGCCCAAAGACUUUGACCCAACCCUUUGCACACACAUUCACUUUGCGUUUCACUGGUUGGACGCCACUAGAAAUGUGAUACUUGACGCUCACGGCAGUGCCCGACCCGCGCUCUACAACAGCUUAAAGGCACUCAAAAAGCGAAACAGUAAACUUAAAUUAAUGGUGGUGCUAGGUGGAUGGGGCAUGCCUGAUCAGCCCAUGUCCACCAUGAUUAGUGGUCCCAAACUGAGGGCCGCAUUCAUUAAGAAUACGAUCGCUUAUCUUAAGAAAUACGGUUUCGAUGGUAUAUCCAUGAAUUGGAUUCUGCCGGUAUGUUGGAGCGGCGAUUGUACUAAAGGUCCCACAUCUGAUAAUCCCAAUUUUGCAUACGAUCUGACCGCUAUUGCUAAAGCAGUGGAUUACCUGACCGUUUCGGCUUACGGUGCGACCCCAGGAGUGACCAAAAAUGUAUACCAUUGGGGAGAUAUGAUGAGAGCGGGCGCGUGGGUUAAACCAUACGUUGACCGUGGUGUGCCCAAAGCAAAAAUAGUGGUAUCGUUGCCAUUUCACGGCCGUGCGUUUACUUUACAAGACCCGACUCAACACACUGUGGGCGCCCCCAUUACCGGUGUAGGUAAUACACCCGCCGGGGCUGGAGGUAUGGCUAAUUAUACUGAAAUAUGCGAUUUGGUUAAAAAUAAAGGCUGGACUAAAGAAAGAAAUAAAAAUGGUAAUGAUCCCAUUGCUUAUAAUGGAAGUAUAUUGGUUACCUAUGAUGACCCAUGGCAAGUUUAUAUAAAGGCCAAGUAUGUGAAAGAUAAUGGUUACGGUGGUGUAUUGGCGUGGGAGAUUGGCCAAGAUGACCGACAUUUUUGUUGCACGGUCAGAUUUCCAAUGCUCCGUGCGAUUAACAAUGUACUUUUUAACACUGGAAAGGGAAUCUCCACUUACGUCUGGGUAUGCGUUGCACUGAUAUUCGCACAGUUAUCGCUGUGCGUAAGUCUACGAGUGGUCUGUUAUUAUUUCGACGACCACUGGAAAAAUUUUCCUCCCAAAGACAUCGACCCAACCCUUUGCACACACUUUCACUUAGCCUUUCACUUAUUGGACGCCAAUAAAAACGUAAUCGUCGACCACACGGGCGCCGCCCGACCCGCGCUAUACAGUGCCGUUAAGGCGCUAAAGAAACGCAACCCUAAACUCAAAACAUUGAUUUCGUUGGGCGGACCCGUCAUUUACGAUAAUUUAUUUUCCGCUAUAGUAAGUGAUCCCAAACUGAGGGCCGGUUUUAUUAAGAAUACGAUCGCAUAUCUCAAGAAAUACGGUUUCGAUGGGCUGUCCAUUGCCUGGCAAUAUCCG